AUGUACUGCCAGAAGUGUCGAACACCACUCAAGCUGGAUGGCUCGUUAGAGUCUCUGAAUCCAGCUGCUUUUGAUCUGCUUUCAGAAUCUACAGGCAAAACGCUAUCAGAUGGAGCUGCAUCCUCCAAGUCCUCCUAUCCACCCGACCGACGCGGACACUACGAUCAAACAACAAAAAAUGCUACGCCGCCAGUCUAUCGGCGGUCUAUUCCCGCCCCUCGCGGACCUCCCUCUCGCGGUGAUAGCGGCAACAUGUCAUUUGUCAUGCUGACCGAGUCUCAAGUCGUGCCACCCGUUGAGAACACUCGAAAAGGAAAUCACGCAUCUGUCCAACCUGCUAGCCAAGAGAACGAAUCAUUCGUGGAUCAAAUGGAGAAGGCAACCCGGUUAUUUGAGAUUGUCUCGGCACGUUCUGAUAUCGACCAUCCUAUCUGCGUGGAAUGUACGGAUCUGCUCGUGGAGGGACUGCAGAAACGAUUGACGGGGGCUACGAAGGAACGGGAUGCCUACAUUUCAUUCCUGAGAAAUUUGAAUACGUCAGUCCCGACCGUGGAAGAGGUGCAAGCAGCAGACAAGACUUUGAACGAAAGCGUGGAAGCGGAGCGGGCUGCAUUCGCUGAACUAGUCGCCCUGGAAAAGGAAAAGGCCGACCUAGAUGGGGAGAUUGCCGGACUGGAAAUCGAGUCGCGACAGCUGGAUGUGGAGGAGGAGAACUUUUGGCGAGAGCGCAACGCCUUUGCCUUGACGCUGACCGACUUUCAAAACGAACGGGAUGCACUGAAUAUGCGCUAUGAUCACGACUCGCAGCAGCUUGAAAGACUUCAAAGGACGAAUGUCUACAAUGACGCGUUUUGCAUUGGUCACGAUGGAUAUUUCGGUACCAUCAAUGGAUUACGCCUCGGCCGACUGGCUAACCCGUCCGUUGACUGGCCUGAGAUCAAUGCUGCGUGGGGACAAACGGCGCUGCUUCUGGCUACGAUGGCUGACAAACUCGGAUUUCAAUUCCAGGGGUACCGUCUCAGACCCUUGGGGUCCAAUUCACGGAUCGACAAGAUCGAAUACCCGGUCCAACCAUCUGGCCAGCCCGUCGAAGGAGUUGCGGCCAAGGUUACUCAACUGGACCUUUUCUCGUCAGGAGACUUGCCGCUGAACCUCCCUUGGCUGCACCGUCGCUUUGAUGCGGGCAUGGUGGCGUUCCUCGAAUGCCUUCGCCAGCUGGGGCGGUUCGUCGAGAAGACCCCUGCCCCAGUGGUAUCGCCACGUCGGGGCCAGACCGGCGCCUCUGCACCGGGGUUGAAACUACCCUAUGAAAUUAAACGAGAUCGGAUUGGGGAUGCCAGCAUCAAGUUGGGCUUCAACCAGAAUGACGAGACGUGGACUCGUGCCUGCAAGUACACGCUGACCUGCUGCAAGUUCCUCCUUGCGCACGCUAGCAACUUGGCCAGCACGGGCUCCAACUCGGCAGCUGUCGCGGCUGCAGCCGUGGCAGCCGCCGAUCACGCCCGACAGGCGACUCCGCCAAGAUGA